CGGUGUGACCAGCUUAACCAUAGAGUUCCGCAUUGUUUAUCUCGCUGGCUAUAACAUCUUAGCUAAACUGCAAUUAUUAUAAUAAAAAUAGUAAACAAAUCUCUCUGAAACAUGACUGCUGUACCGCCCCCUUCGAACAUUUCCACACUGAUGCCCCUGGAAUUGGUUGACAAAUGCAUCGGCUCCCGCAUCCACAUAAUCAUGAAGAACGACAAGGAGAUGGUGGGCACUCUCCUGGGAUUCGAUGACUUCGUCAACAUGCUCCUGGACGAUGUUACGGAGUACGAGAAUACGCCCGAUGGCCGCCGCAUCACCAAACUGGAUCAGAUUCUGCUCAAUGGCAACAACAUUACAAUGUUGGUGCCUGGUGGCGAAUUGGCGGAGUAGCAAGGUUCCAUUUGUAAACAUAAAUACAAUUGUAAAAUAUCAAAACAAGAGUUUUAAUGUGGAUCAUGCAUAUGUAAAUGUACAGAGGUAUGUUACGAGCUAACAGUGGUGAAACGGUUAACAGACAAAUUAUAAAAAGCGGUUUAAAAGAA